AUGGCCUCCCGGCCCCCAGCAAAGCAACGACAAGAGCUUAAGCUCAAAGCCAACUAUCUAGUCGCUUAUAACACUUUAUCCUCCGCAUUAUGGGCCGUAGUCCUCGUUCGCACGAUACUGAUCAACAUCCGGGAAGGACCCGAGAAGGUGUAUGAAGGUGUUGGAGAGUAUACGAAAUGGACACAGACUUUGGCGACGAUGGAGAUCGUGCAUGCUCUUGCUGGCAUAGUCCGCACCCCCCUAACAACAACCGUAGUCCAAGUCGCCUCCCGUCUAAACCUCGUCUGGCCGAUCCUCCACCUCUGUCCCGAAUCCAUGCGUACCUCCACAGCCUACUCGACCAUGCUCCUUGCCUGGUCGAUCACCGAAGUAAUCCGAUACACCUAUUAUGCUCGAAACCUCCAAGGAGAACCGCCAGCCUGGCUUACCACCAUGAGGUAUAAUACUUUUUUCAUAUUGUACCCGGUGGGGAUAUUAAGUGAAGCUUGGGAGAUUUAUGGAAGUCUCGGGGAGUUGGAGGGGGUUAGUGGCGUUGUGGCUUUGGUUGAGAAAGCGGUGCUUUAUGGGAGUUAUGUGCCCGGUGCAUAUGUGAUGUAUACGCAUAUGAUGCAUCAGAGGAGGAAGAUGAUGAGAGGGAAGAAGCCGAUGAGGAAUUAA